GCUCAAUAGACUUUUUACGAGAGCUAUUAAGCCGAAUAUGGCGCCCAAGACUUUGGGCAUGGCAAGGAUGUCCACACUGCACCAGAUUACUGUUGCCUCUAAAGCUCCUCUUUUCGGUCCAGAAGAGAGCUUGUUCUUCGAGCCAGCUGAAGAUAUCACCUAUGAAUGCAAGAACAAGAAGAAGGAGCAAGCUAAGAGAAAGAAGAAGAAGAGAAGAACAGGCAGGAAGGUCUCUCUCAGGUGGGAUUAGAUAGAACAAAUAUGGAGUUUAUAAUAAAAUAUAUAAUCCACAACUU